AUGACGGCAGGAUCGCGGGUGAUUGCCUCCCCGUCGAGACCGGACGGAUUCCGCUCCGUGUUACUUCGGUUCACGUCUCGCCGCGCAUCCUGGGAACUAUAUAACUGCUCUUUACCAAAAAUCCUAAGUAUACUCGGCGAGGACACGAACCGUCCAGGCCUCGUAAAGACACCAGACCGCUACGCCGAAGCACUUCUAUUUUUCACGAAGGGAUAUUCCCAAACGGUAGAGGAAGUCGUGAGCGACGGCAUUUUCAACAUCGAUACCGACGAACUCGUUAUCGUACGCGAUAUCGAUAUCUUUAGUCUGUGCGAGCACCACAUGGUGCCGUUUAUCGGCAAAAUACACAUCGGAUACAUCCCGAACAGAAGAGUGAUCGGACUAUCCAAGCUCGUGCGAAUCGCCGAGAUGUUCGCACGUAGGCUCCAGGUGCAGGAACGCUUGACGAAGCAGGUUGCGGAGGCCAUAGAUGCGGUUUUGGACCCGUUUGGCGUUGCCGUGGUUAUGGAAUGCAGGCAUAUGUGCAUGGCGAUGAGAGGCGUACAGAGGACGGAGGCUAUGACGCAUACUCAAUGUAUGAUUGGUUCACUAAAGGAUAACUUGAAGGAACAACAGCAUUUUUAUACUAUGCUUGGUUUGGAACGGAGAAAAUAG